UGAACACAGCAACUGUGUAUCAAAUACUUUCGAGUAUGUAAACGAAUCGUUUGUCGUGUAAAAAAAAACAAACUUUGAGUGAAAAAACGUCAGUUUGACGUAGAGUAUUGUAAAUAUUACAGAUUUAUCGUUGCGUACUGAUUGCAAAUACGUCGGCCGACUACGUUUUGAAAGUUACAAAGUUACCCGUCACAGUUUAAUACGAAAAGCGGACAGUUCUUUUUAAUGACAAUCAACACGACAGAUUAAUUGAAGGAUAUAAUACAAGCAGGUUUCGAUUUCUGACUCGGUCGAGAGUACGAUUUCAAAUGCAAUGAAAAUAAACGAGAAGAAUAUGGUAGCUUUCGCGACUUCAGCAACGCCAGUAGAUCGCGAAGGUUGGUUGAACAAACGCGGUGAAUUAAACCGGGGCUAUCAAAGAAGAUGGUUCGUUCUCAAAGGAAACAUAUUGUUUUAUUUCGACCGACGCGGUGACAAGGAACCAGUAGGCAUGAUUGUUCUUGAAGGCUGUACCAUCGAAUUGGCAGAGGAUGAGGAACAAUUUGGUUUUCAAAUUGUAUUUCAUGGCCCAAAUAAUAGAAACUAUGCUCUUGCAGCCGAGUCUCAGGAAUCCAUGGAGCAAUGGAUGAAAGCUUUGGCAUGUGCAAGCUACGACUAUAUGAAACUGAUGGUAGCAGAAUUGCAAAGGCAGUUGGACGCAGCGGAAGAAGAGACAACAAUGGUGAUGGUACCUUCCCAGUCUCCGAAAGCUCCUCCAAGACAGCGACACAAUCCCUUCAAUAGAUCAGAGUUGCACCAUCGUUCACAGAGUGUUAGAUCCGCCCCGGGAAGAACAGAGAACAUACCACGGACGAGGAUAACGUUUCGCGAAUUGCACAACAUGUAUGGCAGAAGAAUUCUGGCGGAUUUAAACGAGUGGAGGCACGCGAGAAAAGCUGUAGAGGCCCCUUUAAUCAGUUUUUAAUGGUACAUUGUAUAGAAAUUGUAAAUAGUUUGUCAGGAUUGAGACGAUAAGUAAGAAAUGCUGAAAGAAAUAUGACAAGGUCGCAGAAUCGACAAACUCAUCACGGAUGUUAUAUAUUCUUUAGAAAGUGUACUUUAGUUAUAAUUCACUCCCUGU